UUGCAGUCGACCACAAAACUCGAGCCCCACACCCGAGCAAACUUGAAGCAUCUCAGGUCUUUGCGACGGCCCCGACAAAGGAAAGCAAGUGACAACAACGAGCAACGCUCCCUCGUCCGUCGCCCAAAGAAUUGUUGGAGCUUAUUCCCCUGACAGUUGGACAAAAUGAGCUACCAAACCGGUAUGGCGCCCGCCCGCGCCAUCGAGGAUGACAGCGAUGUAGAGGAGGAGGCCCUGGUCGCCGACUACAAGGAGCAGGUGCAGUACGCGGGUGAUAUGGACGAACUCGACCCGGGCCUGCUCGCCCCACAGGCCGAAGAUAUCCAGGCCAGGCUAGUCCAGGCUGCGCAACCGCUCGAUUAUCAGGCGACCCUCGAGACCAAGUUCCAGAGCUACGACAACUACUGCGCCCUGUUCCACUACAUCCUCAACUCCGAGGGCCCCGUCGACCUCGAGCCCCCAUCGUAUUACUGGGCGUGGGACGUGAUUGAUGAGUUCAUCUACCAAUUCAACACAUUCUGCUCGUACCGGGCGAGGAUUGCAAGGCAGGCCAACAACGAGGAGGAAGCCCAGAUCCUGCGCGACAACCCGAAUCAGUGGGGAUGCUACAGCGUGCUCAACGUCCUGUACUCCCUGAUCCAGAAAUCGCAAAUAACCGAGCAGCUAGCGGCCAUGCGGCGGAACGAAGACCCCAUGGCCGUGGCCGGCCCGUACGGCUCCAAGAACCUCUACCGCAUGCUGGGGUAUUUCUCCAUCAUCGGUCUCCUCCGGGUCCACUGCCUUCUUGGAGACUUCAGCCUCGCGCUCAAGACGCUCGACGACAUUGAGCUGAACAAGAAGGCCAUGUUCGCCCGCGUCAUGGCUGCGCACUUCACCACCUACUACUAUGUCGGGUUUUCCUACAUGAUGAUGCGUCGCUACGCUGACGCCAUCCGCAUGUUCAGCCACAUCCUGGUCUACGUCUCGCGGACCAAGAACUUCCAGAAGAACACUCAAUACGACUCCAUCACCAAGAAGAACGACCAGAUGCUCGCGCUGAUCGCCAUCUGCGUUGCCUUCCACCCCACGCGCCUGGACGACACCAUCCACACGGCGCUGCGCGAAAAGUACGGCGACCAGCUGCUGAAGCUGCAGCGCGGCGGGCCCGAGUCGCUGCCCAUCUUCGAAGAACUCUUCAGGCUCGCGUGCCCCAAGUUCAUCUCGCCGGUUCCUCCUGACUUCGACAGGCCUGAGGUCAACGUCGACCCCGUCGACCACCACUUGUCCAUCUUCAUGGAAGAGGUCAAGACCAACAUGUGGAGCCCGACGAUCAAGUCGUACCUGCGGCUGUACACUACCAUGGACCUGAAGAAGCUGGCUGGCUUCCUCGACGUCAAGCCGGAGGAGCUUCGCUCGAUGUUGCUUGUUACCAAGCAGCGGACUAAGCAACUGCGCUGGACGGACAACGGGCUUUUGGAGGGCGAGCUGAUCAACAUCAGCGACCUCGACUAUGCGCUGCAGGGUGAUCUGAUUCACAUCUCGGAAGCCAAGAUGGGUCGCAAGCUGGUCGACUGGUAUCUGCGUAACCUGGCUCGCACCUACGCAUGAGCAUCGGAUCUUUUCCUCUGGAGACGAUGAAGUGGAUGCUAGCAAGAGCCGUUGUCAGGCGGGGAAGGAACCCAUCCCUUCCCUCUUCUGGACUACAUUGGUCAUUGCGUAAUCAUGGGAUUGGGGAGUCAGAACUGCGCAGAUCUUUUCGACAACAUAGCAUAUCAGGCGUCGGAUGGGCACGUAUCAAAACAUCAAGAAGCGGGUGGAAAAGCAAGUUGGCUGACAUAGGGACGGUCACGGAUACUCAGAGCAUAUCUUGGCAAAGUCCUGACUACAGUAGGUGGAGGAUUAGGUCAAGCAAAGUCCGG